GGAUCCAGAAAGAAUAUAGAAUGGCGGCAGAAUUGAAGAAGCUUGCUGACAAUUUCCUUGAAGACCAGUCAUCAUGGGAACCGUCUCUCUUUCUCGGAGCUGUCCGAGAGCUGGUGGAUAGAGAAGAGACCAGUGCAGUCCUUGAAAUUCUACAGAAUGGCAGUUAUAAGGCUCUGGUGGAGACAGUAGCUUGGGACCUCCUGCCGAUAAUCACCCCACAUGUCAGUGACACUGAGACAAACAACGAUGUUUACAAGGACUCGGCACAGAUACUCAAUGACUUGGCAGAGAUUGGGAAACCUAAAGAGAUGAUCUUGGGUUAUCUAGAGCAGCUUGAUCGUUUCCUUGACGAUGGCACCUACAGAAUACUCCUUAAACCACUCUCAACAGUUUUGAUGCGAUUUGGCCUCACCAAGAGUCAUCAGAUGAAUCAGUCGUUUAUUCUGCUACACACCCAUCUACAGACUGCAAAGGUAAGGCAUCAUCCAGUACUAGUGUCCGGUCUCUCUGAGUUCAUGUGUAAUACACAAAAUAAAUCAUAAAUCAUUCCCACUCUUCGGAAUAAUU